ACUACAGACUGCAAUCGCUUAAAAUAUGCAGCUUCUUUUCACAUCAAUAGCUCAACUAAAUCCGAUCGUAUACAAGCUUCCAUAAGAGGAAAGUUAAUAUCCAAGUUCCAAAGUGAAUUUGAGGAGGGAGUAUGUCGUGUUUUGAUGAAUUUUAAGUUGUCUCCUAAUCUUGUGAGUUUCAAGGCAACUCCACAUUCUUUCAAACUAUCUUUCACUUGGUCAAUAUAUGUGAAACCUUGUGAAGAGAUUUCAAACCACUCACUUCGUUUUAACUUCAUUCCUUUCGACGAACUACUCUCCCAAACACAUGACGAGAAUGUUUUUGUGGAUGUAAUUGGUGAAAUGAUUGAACAUGAUCUUAAAGAAAUUACUCUUUAUAAUGCUCCACGUAAGCUAUUGAAUCUUCAGCUUAAGAUGAUUCCA